AUGUCUGCGCACUACCAGACCGAGCCUCCCCCCACCGCGUCCGCCACCUUGAUCACCACCGUCGGACCGAUCCACAUCUCCCUCUUCGCGAAACAAGCUCCUCUCGCCUGCAAGAACUUCUUACAGCACUGUCUGGAUGGAUACUACGUGGGCACUUCCUUCCACCGCGUCGUGCCGGGCUUCGUCAUCCAGGGCGGCGAUCCCACGGGGACGGGCUCCGGCGGGUCGUCCAUCUACGAGGACCCCGAAUUCGAGUACGACCCCUAUGGCCGCGAUCCGAACGAGAAGGUCGUCUUUGGGGAUGAGUUGCACAGCCGGCUGCGCUUCAACCGUCGGGGAAUGGUGGGCAUGGCCAAGAGCGAAGACGGCACCUACGGCAGUCAGUUCUUCAUCACCUUGGCCAACGCCGAGCGCGAGCUGAACGGCAAGUGCACGCUGUUCGGCCGCGUCGAGGGCGACAGCAUCUACAACGUUGUGACUAUCGCGGAGGCGGAACUCGUCGAGGGCACCGACCGCCCCGUCUACGCGGUCAGGAUCACGGGAACCGAGGUGGGCGAGUUGGGUCCGUUUGCGGGCAAGUUGAAGAAGCGAGAAAAGGUUGCCGUUGCGGAGCCAGAAAAGGCCCCGACAGUGAAGAAGAAGAAUAAAAAAGGGAAGAGUGGGAAAGCGUUGUUGAGCUUUGGAGCGGACGAGGAGGCGGAAGGCGAUGAAGAGGUGGUGAAAACGUCGAAGCCCAAAUUCAACACGAAACUCGUUGCCGAUGUCGAGACGGUGGACUUUGAGCCAAAGAAAGAAGAGAAGAGAGCGUCUCCAGACAAGCCUCGAAAAAGGCCACGCUCGCCGUCGCGGCCGCCCCGUCGGUCGCCGGAGGAUCGAAGAACUCGUCCGAAGACACCUGAUCCAUACACCCAGCUGCCUGCCAAGGACCCUGAGGUUCCCGAGCGAUCACCGUCGCCGACACCUCCGCGAUCCUCUCCCAAGCCGUCUGCUCUCGAGCGAACGAAUGCGGAGAUUGCAGCUCUGAAAGCGUCGAUGCGGCGGACCGUCAACACCGAGCCCGCUGAGACGGGUCGGAAGAAGUCCGCCUUGGAAGCCAUGAUCCCGGAGAACGCGAUCCGCGGGCGCAAACGACCGCCUCCAGGCAGCAUUGGUGCUAGUAGCCAGGGACCGAUCGGUCGGGGCGGCACGACGGGAGAGGGCUUCAGCUCGGGGGCGGACGCGGAGGCGCUGAAGCUGUUCAACGCAUUCAAAGCGAAGCUGGAGAGUGCGGACGCACAGGUAAAGAAGAAGCAAUCGUCGUCACAGAAGACGAACCAACAGACGGAGGCGUCCAACGGCAGCAAACAAGGCAAAGAAGGCGAAGAAGGCGCCGAAGACGAGGAGGCGCAGCUAUGCGACCUGCACUUCAUCGCCAACUGCCAAUCGUGCCGAUCAUGGGAGAACCCAGACCCGGAGGCGACGGGGGGCGACGAAGACAUAAGGGAGGAAGACUGGAUGACGCACCAGCUGCGGUUCGGCAAGGACACGCUGGGCAAGGACCUGAACUGGAAGAAGGAGCACGAGGACGCCGACUCGCUGGUGGUGAUCGACCCGCGGGUGCGCGAGAAGGAGAUUAGGGACAGCCAGAAGAGUCGGCGGAGGGAGAGGGAUCGGGAGCGGGAUCGCAAGAGGGAACGGAAUUGGAUGGAUGGGAUGUACUGUCUGUUGUCAAGAUUAAAGUCGUCUUUCUAA